UUCAGAGUAAGUGAGAAUAUCGGAUGGGUGUUGAAAAGGUCCUCCUCAUCAAGCACAAUGGACAGUGAUCAAAUGCAAAGCGCAUCCACAUCAUCAAUGGCAUUGCGUCAGUUGAUUGAUAAUCAACUUUAUUCAUUUAUUUAUGGCAAAUGGAGACUCGAUUAUUACAACAAGUCGAAUCGUUAUCACAAAAAUGCUCCUUUGUGGCUGUUGGGUCAGCCUUAUUUCACUACUCGUUCUGAUGAUGAAGCGUUGUUCAGUGAGUAUUUGCUGGAUUACUACAGUCGUAUUUGGUUGACGUACCGCACAAAACUGUCGCCGUUACCUGACUCGAACAAAACGAGUGACUGCGGGUGGGGAUGUACCCUGAGGACUUGUCAGAUGAUGCUUGCACAAACACUCACGCAGAUAUGGCUUGGACGGGAUUGGCGAUUCAGUGGGGAUAAGGAAAGGAAUGUGUUGAUAAAUGGAGUGAGUCAUUACGAGAUCGUGUCGUUGUUCGGUGAUAGCGUCGGCUGUGAGUUGGGUUUGUAUCGAUUGAUGAGUAUCGCGAACGGGUCGUCGUCACAUCAACGAGCCGUCGGAUCUUGGUUUUCUCCUUCGAACGCGUUCGCAUUGAUCAGUGAAUGUUCCCUGCUGCACUCGUUGCGAAUCUAUUCAGUCAACGAUGGCAUGUUGAUUGAGUCCGAGGUGGAUGAGUUGUCGAAUCAGUUCCGUAUUCCGAUCCUCGUCAUUGUCCAUCUGCAGUUGGGCUGUGCAUCCACCGUCAAUCAGUGUUAUCAUCAACAUCUGAUCAAAUUCUUCUCAAUGCAAAAUUCAGUUGGUAUCAUUGGAGGACACAAAAGACGAUCACUCUACUUCAUUGGUUCAUAUAAUAACGAUAGUCUCAUCUAUCUGGAUCCGCACAUUGCUCAUGAAGCCAUGCCAGCCGAGCAGAUACCGCAACAGUGUAAUCAAUUCCACUGCAAUAAAUUCACCAAGAUGUCAGUCGAUCAGAUCGAGCCGGGCUGUUCGUUAGGCUUUGUUGUUCUCUCGAGGCUUCAUUAUCGAUCAUCCAUCGAUUUUUUAGUUUCGGUUCGUUUUACUCGAAUAAUAGACGUUUGCGCAGAUGACCGCAAAUCUGCCAACCAACAACCAUUAUUCGUUGCAUAUAGCAGUAGACCAGAGUUGGUGAAUGCACGCUCCGAUGUGUCAUCAGUAUCAUCAUCAACUGCCGCUCAACUUGGUUUCGAAUUAAUUUAG